AUGAGCUACGUUAAGAAGGACGAGGAUGCCGACCAGACCAUGAUGAAGUUGGAUAGGACAACGGUUUUUCAAGAUGCACGACUAUUCAACUCCUCUCCGAUAUCCCCCCGGAAAUGCCGUACCCUUCUAACGAAAAUUGCGGUUCUCAUCUUUACGGGGGAGAAAUUUCCUACCGAUGAAGCCACCACGCUUUUUUUUGGGAUCUCGAAGUUGUUCCAAAACAAGGAUCCGUCCUUGCGACAGAUGGUCUACUUGAUUUUGAAGGAGUUGGCUAAUACCGCCCAGGAUGUGAUCAUGUCGACUUCCAUAAUUAUGAAGGACACUACUGUUGGGAGCGAUAUCCUUUAUAGAGCUAAUUCCAUCCGAGCCUUGUGCCGCAUUAUAGACGCAACUACCGUACAAGGUAUUGAACGUCUCAUCAAGACCGCAAUCGUUGACAAGAACCCCUCCGUUUCAUCCGCCGCCUUAGUCUCUUCGUAUCAUUUACUCCCCAUCGCUAAGGACGUUGUUAGAAGGUGGCAGAGCGAGACUCAAGAAGCAGCAGCAGGCGGGAAACAAUCAUCAGGCUUCCUAGGGUUUGGAGGGAGUCAUCAGCAUCCACAGGCUCUAUCGCAGACUAGCCAUAUGACCCAAUACCAUGCAAUCGGCUUACUCUACCAAAUGCGCGCACAUGACAAAAUGGCUCUGGUAAAAAUGGUCCAGCAAUAUGGAGCAGCCGGUGCUGUACGCAGCCCUGCAGCAAUUGUUUUGUUAGUGAGACUAGCAGCAAAACUGGCGGAAGAGGACCAAAGCUUACGAAAACCAAUGAUGCAAAUGUUGGAUGGCUGGCUGAAGCAUAAACACGAGAUGGUUAAUUUCGAAGCUGCCAGAGCUAUAUGCGAUAUGAGAGACGUUACGGAUGGAGAAGCUGCCCAGGCUGUCCAUAUCUUGCAGCUUUUCCUGUCCUCUCCUCGCAUUACGAGUCGCUUUGCCGCAAUUCGAAUUCUCCACAGCUUUGCUUCUUUCAAGCCACAUGUUGUGAAUACCUGCAAUCAAGAUAUCGAGUCUUUGAUAUCGAACUCGAACAGGUCUAUUGCGACUUUUGCUAUUACCACACUUCUUAAAACCGGGAACGAAGCGAGUGUCGACCGUCUUUUGGCUCAAAUUUCUGGCUUUAUGGCAGAUAUCACGGAUGAGUUCAAAAUCACUGUCGUAGAGGCUAUUAGAACUCUCUGCUUGAAAUUUCCCAGUAAACAGGCUGGUAUGCUUACAUUCCUUGGUGGAAUCCUCAGGGAUGACGGUGGCUAUGAGUUUAAGAGGAGUGUGGUAGAGAGCAUGUUUGACCUCAUUAAAUUUGUUCCAGGCAGUAAAGCAGAUGCUCUUGAACACCUCUGCGAAUUCAUUGAGGACUGUGAAUUUACAAAGUUGGCUGUCAGAGUCCUCCAUCUGCUUGGGGUUGAGGGACCAAAGGCCCCAAACCCCUCGAAAUAUAUUCGCUGCAUUUACAAUAGAGUUGUUCUUGAGAAUGCUACCACCCGUGCUGCUGCCGUCACAGCACUUGCAAAAUUCGGUGUUGGACAACAAGAUCCCGAACUGAAGCGAAGUGUGACUGUACUCUUGAAACGAUGCUUGGAUGAUAUUGAUGACGAAGUCCGUGACCGUGCUGCUUUAAAUCUGAGGUUAAUACGAAAGGACGACGAUAUGGCAGAACGUUUCAUAAGAAAUGAAACCAUGUUCGCGAUGUCCACAUUCGAACAUCAACUGGUGAUGUAUGUCACAUCAACAGAUAAAGCAACAUUUGCCACAGCUUUCGAUAUGUCUAAGGUUCCAGUUGUCUCCCACGAGCAAGCGUUAGCAGAGGAAAGGACGAAGAAACUUACUUCUGCCACACCCACUAUCAAACCGCCAUCUACUACUGCUGCUUCUAAGCAAAACGGUGCUGCUGAUAGCGCCAAAGCUGCCGCUGCAGCUACAGAGAAGUACUCCGAACAACUUUCACAAAUACCUGAACUUAAGGCCUACGGGGCACUCCUCAAAUCAUCACCCCCGGUCGAACUUACUGAAAGGGAAACGGAGUACGUGGUCACAGCCGUCAAGCACAUUUUCAAAGACCAUAUUGUUUUGCAAUACGACAUUACCAAUACUCUUCAGGACACCGUAUUAGAGGAUAUUUCUAUAGUUGCAUCUCCUUCGGAGGAUGAAGAGAUACUCGAGGAAGACUUUAUUGUUCCGGCGCCCAAACUGGAGACCAACUCGCCUGGGAUUGUAUAUGUUGCAUUUAAGAAGAUCGAUGAUGAAAAUACUUAUCCUAUCACGUCAUUUACCAAUGUAUUAAAAUUUACCAGCAAAGAGAUUGAUCCGACGACAGGAGAACCGGAGGAAACGGGCUACGAGGAUGAAUACCAAGUGGAGGAUCUGGAACUUACGGGUAGUGACUAUAUCAUUCCCGCAUUUUCCGGCUCUUUUGAUAGUAUAUGGGACGAGCUUGCCGCGAAUGGGGAAGAAUUCAGUGAGACUUUGCAGUUAUCCAAUAUGAAGGGCAUCCAAGAUGCAACCGAACAACUGAUUGCCGCGUUAUCGCUUCAGCCACUUGAAGGCUGUGAGAUCGUCCUAAGCAACAGUACUCACACAUUAAAGUUAUACGGUAAUUCGAUAACGGGGGGCAAGGUUGGUGCAUUAGUUCGCCUCGCAUAUACCGCCAAAUCUGGUGUGACAACAAAAGUGACUGUACGGUCUGAAGAAGAGGGCGUCUCUUCUCUUGUUGUUGCAUCUAUUGCGUGA